AUCAUCAUACCUACCAGCGUAGCGAAAUCAGGAAGCGCCGACACGCGCCGUUGUUUUAUUUUUCUCCUUGUGUGAAAACACGUUUUGAUGAGAGCAGCGUCUAGAAAAAGAGAUAAAGGGCUGACAUAUUCCAUGUUGACAACCUCUGACAGGACUGGUACUGACAGCGAGGCUCAGCUGUGGAUGCUGUUGACAGUGUAACCGGAGAGAAGGCCUCUGUCAGCAUCAUGGGGCAACGUCAUGGAAAGCGAGAGUCACCAACAGACACCAAGGCCUUAUCACCUGAGACCAACGAUGAGACAAGACCACCAGCACCAACAGCAACCACAUUAGCAGAAGAGCCACAAGAAGAAACACAAGAUGAAGUUUUCGGAAUGGGUGACACAGAUACAAACAAGAACAAUGGCUGCAUCUCGGAGAAGCCGGCGGUGACUGACUCCACAGGCGCUGAGGGCCCCCGCUCAGCCUGGACCUCGGCCAGCACAGCUGACCCUGACGCUGCCACACCGCGCCCCCAUCUGGCCCGCCUUUUCUCCCGAGAUGCCCCGGGCCGAGAGGACAACACCUUCAAAGAGCGACCCUCUGAAUCGGACGAGCUGCAGACUAUCCAGGAGCACAGCGGAGCGGCUUCAGAGUGCGGGUCGGAGAGCCCCGAGCAGGACCUAGACUAAGCUAGCCUUUCCUCCUUCCCUCUUCCAUCUCACUUCCAUCUUCUUUGCGCUCUCGUU